AUGACUGAAUUUAAGCCCGACACUGCUUAUUGUGGAGUCAGUCACAUCAAAAAUAUCAUCUUAGUUUUAUCAGGCAAGGGGGGUGUCGGAAAGUCAACUGUAGCAUCUUCGUUGGCACGCGCCUUUGCUCAGGCUGGGAUGAAGACGGGUAUAUUGGACAUCGACCUUUGCGGCCCGUCCAUUCCAAAGAUGUUUGGUGUUUCCGGCUCUGGUGUGUUCAAUGGGACGCAUGGUGGGAUAGCACCAGUAAAAGUAGAUGUGAGUGGUCACAAUUUAGAUGUGUUGUCUAUAGGAUUUAUGUUGUCGAACCCCGACGCACCCGUCAUUUGGAGAGGUCCAAAGAAGAGUGGAGCGAUCCAACAAUUCUUACAAGAUGUCGAAUGGGGCGAAAAAGAUGUUUUAAUCAUCGACACACCGCCAGGAACUUCUGAUGAGCACAUGACGAUUAUGCAAUUGAUUAAAGAAAGCAACAAGAAGACACAAGCAGUCUUAGUAACAACUCCGCAAAUUGUCUCUGUCAACGACGUCGAAAAAGAAAUCGACUUUUGCAAGAUGUCUGACGUCGAGGUGCUUGGCGUUAUAGAAAACAUGAGUGGGUACCUUUGCCCACAUUGCCAAACAACAACAAACAUCUUUUCUUCACAAGGCGGCAAAACCCUAGCUGAGAAGUACAACUUUAAGUUCAUCGGAACUAUCCCAAUCGAGCCAAAGGUGUGUAUGUCCGGCGAAACUGGUACAAACCCAUUCUCGGACCAACCGUCUGCUACCGCUCUUAAAGCGCUCACCUCGUUUGUUGAGGAAUUCAUCAAAACUGCUUAA